AUGUUGAUUACUCUAGAAUGCAUUCUACUUGCGUUACAAGCAGUUGCUGCAAUUCGAGUUUCAUUAGAAUCACCUUUUGAAAGUGCCAGUCAAUCAAGCAAUAGACUAUCAAAACGAUCACCCGUUGAAUUGGAUGGUGAUGCUAACAAAUGCUACACAAUUAAAUCCAAUGUUGAUGGAGUCAAUUUGAAUUUACGAGUCGAUUCAAUGAUUUCUGAUAUAAUCGUACCACUUCCUAGUUCAAGCAACGAUGUAGGUUUGGCUAUACAAAGUAUUUCAAGUGGUGAGCCCGUUAAUAUAAAGUACAAAGACAAAGAGUAUAAAGGAGUUACAUCCACAGCCGCUGUGACGGUUCCGGGUACUGCAAUAACUGGCGUCAAUUUACCAGUAAUAGCAGUUGAAAAACAAUCGGCACGUCUAGCUGGUAUCGAUCCAGAUUUUGAUGGAGUAUUUGGGAUUGGCCACUUUUCUUUGUCAAAACAUCAUUCACCAAUCACUGCAAUGGAUAGUUUGUACAGCAAUAAUGUCAUUCCCAAUAACGAGAUUGGCAUUCAACUAUGCCCUUCUGAUCUUUUUGAGCAAAGCUUCAUCAAUAUAGGAAACACGGAAAUCACUGCAAAGUGUGGAACGGAUGGAAGGAGUGUUGCAUGGGUAAAUUCACCAACAAAUGAUCAUCAUACUGUCAACAUCAAGAGUAUACUAGUCAAUGACGAACAAGUGGAUUUGCCCGAGGAAUUCCAAAAAACUGUAGAAGAUGACCAUAUUUUGUACUCGCAUGUGGAAACAUGUUCUAAAUAUAUGCAUUUUCCUCAAACAGUCGUGAUAGCGUUGGUCAAGGCUAUUGUUGAUAGCGAUGCGAUUACUAUCUGGGAUGCUAAAUCUAGGCGCAAACUCAAUCCGGAAGAAAUUGAUGACAUAUUUUGGAAACACCGUCUAAUGUCUGAAUCUAAUUUUAAUAUUGAUUGGAGAAAACUGCCGACAUUUACAAUUGUAAUGUAUGCUCAAACCCCCGUAACUGAUGACAAUCGUGAUUCCGUCGUAAAGAUCAGAUUGGGUCCCAAAGACUAUAUACAGAAAGUCAAUCUUGGAAAAUUUAAAAGGUACCUGUUUGCUGUAACAGUUGGCUCAAAUGACAAUGCAAUUCUUGGUAUACCAUUUAUGACCCAACUUGAAUUGACAUUUGAUUUACUAAAUACACGCAUUGGGUUUGGUCCUGGAUGUGGAUGUGAAACUGCAAGUAACAGGUAUCCUACUAUUUCAAACAAUGAUCGGGUACUCUGGCCAUUACCACAAUUGCCUGAGCAACCAAGCACUUCAGGUUCAGAUGGCAGAUCUGGUCUCAGGAGAUCAUUUUCACGACUUGGUAGUAUUCGUCGUAGUAGUGCUCGUCGUGGCAUUGGUAUGAUGUACGCCAGAACUCUUGGUGUUAAUCAUCAUCAACUACAACUGAUCAAAUAG